UCCUCUCUCCUCACCUUCCCGCUCUCAUUUCCUUUCACCCUUUCGCUGUUCCUGCAUUCGGCGUCGGUGGGAGGGCUGGACGGCACCGGUUGAGGCUCUAGUUACGGUCCAGCAGCGUCGAUCCAACUUUGGGGCCAAGAAAUUUGGAAAGCACUCUUUUUUCACGAAGCGUUUUUAGCCGGAUCCGGCGCCGUCGCUCUUUGGAUUGACGCUCCCAUGGUGGCGAACGGUGCCUCGAGGACAGAUCCGGCACUGUGACGAGUAGGAUCGGUCUCCUUGACGUGCUUAUCACUUUAGGCUCCGAUUGACUCUUCCAUGAUGACUACCGUUGAACUGGAAAAUAGAUCCGGCGUCGUGCGAAAUCUGAUACAAAUAGAGCACCGAAGUGGCGCUAUGUUUCCUACUAUUACACAGCAGCCGUCAUUGUUCUACUGGCCAACCGUUGUUUCUACGAGGCAGUGGCCGUACCGCCGUACCUUGGAUCCGCGGCAUCCGUCCUUGUGAAUUUUAAAGGGAGGGCAUGCACUCAGAAUUCAAACCACAAUGAGGCGUUUUGGAGGUUCUGGCACCUAGGUAGAGUUCAUACGGAGAGGUACAAAGGAAGUUACAAAUAUCAGAGAUAGAAGAGUUGAGGAACAAUGCAUAUGAUAACUCUAGGAUCUACAAGACUAAAUUGAAAGCAGCUCAUGACAAGCAGAUCCUAAGAAAGAACUUUGAGCCAAAUCAAAAAGUGCAUCUUUAUGAUUCUCAUUUACAUCUCCAUCCAAGAAAGCUAAGAUCUAGAUGGACAGGUCCAUUUGUGCAUUCUGAGGCCAUCAGGUGUGCCUCAAAUGGAAAGGUGCAGUCCCCUCGCACCUUUUGUGCCUUAUAUUAGUGUGUGCCUGUGCUUUGCCCUUGUGCAUUGCCUCUUGCCUACAAGACCCCUUAAGUGUCUAGGUGUGCCUAGUGCAUUUAAAUCACUAUGUGACAACAUGAUGAAAAUUUUGCACAAGCAAGUUUUCUGCAUAACUUUGUAAUGAAGUUGUUCAUCAUCCUAAGGCUUAACUGAUUACUUUCCUGAACAGUAAAUGGGGAUGGAAUAGUAUUUCACUCUUGAUUGAACCAAUUGGAAUGUGGCUAUGAGUUCUUGCCCAUAUUUGAUGUAUGUUGAACGGUUUUUCUAUAACUUUUUAAGUCUUAAAUGUUGGAAUGAUUGUCCUUCUAUUUUAGAACUAUCCCUCUUUUUCUCCAACUUAUCUUAGAAUCUUUUUCAACCUUUGAAUUCUUAAAUGUUUGGUAUUGUAAAAUCGAGAAAUUCUUGUGUCAGCUUAUCUUAGUAAUUUAGAAUCUUUAGAGCCACUUUGAUCAUGCUAUGUCUAUGUCUUUCAUUGCUAUUCAAUUCUCUGUUUUAACACAGUAUUCACUUUCCUUUCCUGUAUUCAGCAAAUAGCAUAUGGUUGUUUAAUAUGGGAGGCGUGGUCUAGCACUGCAUUAGCCGAAAGACAUGAAACAUCAAAUAGUUUGCAAAUUAUCUUGGAAGGGCCAGAGGGUUAGUUUGUUAUAAUGAAGGUUAAGGCAGGAUCGUCGAUGAUGGGUUGUGAUUUGUGAGCCAUUUUCUAAAGACCUAUAUACGGAUUACAAUGGGCCAUUUUCAGAGAUUCUGUUGAGCAAUUGGCUUAAUGGAGAUGAUUUUUGCUUGAUGCGUGGAGCUCUAGAAAUAAAUGUGAAAUUUUGUAAUUUUCGGUCUCUCCCUUUUUGUUUUGUUUUGUUUUGUUUCAUUAUUUUCUAAGUUCGUAAAUGGAAAGAAACCUUACUUGGUCAUGUCAGGGAAAAGUGACAUGAGCACUGCUAGGAGCGAGUGCGCUUGAAUUCUUGAA